UGUUGCGAGCUGCAGCUUGUUAGCGUAGGCAGAGUUUGCGGCCUAAGGAAAUCCGUCGAUACAGCGACGCCGUAGUGUGCAGUCGGCGACCAUGGGGAUCGAAAAGUACGCCGGUCGUGUUGCCAUGGUGACGGGAGCCAACUCAGGCAUCGGCUUCGCCACCACCCAGGUGUUACUCAGCCACGGCAUCACCGUCGUUGGCUUCGACAAGGCAGUCGACAAACUUCAGUCACUGAAACUGAAAGACGCCACUAGCAACCUACACAUUAUGGAGGGGGACCUCAGAAAUGAGGACAGCAUUCUGGCGGCCUUUAAAUGGAUACGGGACCAUCUGUCCGGUGUCGACAUCAUGAUCAACAACGCUGGCCUCUGCAAGAACGCCGAACUGACAUCUGCCCAAACAGACGUUUGGCGGGAUCUUCUAGACGUGAACGUGCUGGGUCUCAGCAUCUGCACCAGGGAGGCCGUGCAGGACAUGCUGAGCAGGGGCGUCGAUGAUGGCUUCGUCAUCCACAUCUGCAGCAUAUGUGGACACAUUCUACCAUUUAACAGCGACGUUGCGAUGUACUGCGCCAGCAAGCAGGCUGUCAAGACGCUACUAGAGGGCCUUCGGAAAGAUCUCGUCGCCAGGAAAAGCAAAAUUAGAGUCGGCGAGAUUUCUCCGGGACUUACGAGAACGGCAAUCGCUAGCGAGAAGAUAUACGAUAUAUUCCCGUGUAUGGAACCAGAAGACGUUGCAGGUGCUGUUGUUUACAUGUUGUCCCAGCAUCCUCGAGUACAGGUUCAUGAAAUAAUCAUCCGUCCAACUGGCUUUGAUUACUGAAGGCACCAUUUUCCAGGAGCAACAUAUAUAUUCUCUUUAUUACUUACCAGUGCUUGCAGUCGUGCCGAGACAUCACAGCAGGUUUCAUCACAGCCGGAAAAGUGAAACAGCACAUGAAAAUAUUUAGAACUGCUUCUAAUACCUUCAGGGAGAAUUGUUAUUACAAACCUUUCCAUAACUGUCAAUGAAAUGUAGGGAAGACAUCUGCUACAAAGAAUAAGCUCCAGAUGUCAGUUAUCAUGUAAAUAAGUUCUGUAGCACCUUUAUGCCUAUUUUAAUAAUUGCAGUACCAGAGUGUCAUUAAUAUAGUCCAUAAUCAUAUGAGGCACUGCAUAAUACUUCCGAAAUUUUAUUUGAAAUUUAUACUUUACGUGGCGUA